CCUCGAGAUGUGUCACUGUGCGUGUCACACAGUCCAGAGAUUACAGGUGACAGGUAGUGCACACCCGACGGUUCCCACAAGCACUUUAUUUUGAACUAGGCACUUUUGAACUAGGCACCGAUGUCUGAAUAACACCAUUUAUUUCGUGCAGCAGGCUACACGUUUUCUCCUGCCGGGUGAACACAGCUUGUUGAAUCAAAUUGAAAAGUAAGAUUUAAAAAAUGGAAGAUAUAUUAUUUGACUUGGAUCAAGAUGGCACUACAGACUUUGCCUUCUGGGGCCAGAUGGACCCUAACUUCCAGUUCCAGGCCCAGUUGGACACUCUCCUCUUCGACUGCACCGCGGUCACGGGCCAGCUUUCGCCCUGGUCCUCGUUCGGUGGCCAGUCCAUGUUCCCUGACGCGCAGAUGACCUUCACCGACCUGGACUCGCAGUCCCCCAGCCUUGGAGCCAGUGCUGAAGUGGACAGCUCCUCGGUGGACGAGCCCCACGAGAUGAGCAAGCGCAGGCAGCGGCGGUUCGUGCCCCAUCACCCGUACAAGAUCCAGCGACAUGCCGCUAACAUCCGGGAGAGGAAGAGGAUGCUGAGUAUCAAUUCUGCGUUCGAAGAGCUAAGGUGCCACGUGCCAACAUUUCCCUACGAGAAGCGCCUGUCCAAGAUUGAUACACUGAGAUUGGCCAUUGCCUAUAUUGCCCUUCUGAGAGAGAUAUUGAUUUCCGGCUGCGACCCCAAGUCGUACGUGGACGAAUGCAUGAAAAAUGGUUACAAGAAUCAAACCAAUGCCAUUUGGAACACAAGCGAUCUGACAGCCCGGCUCUCCUGGAUAAAGUGGGAUUAACUCAGGAUGGGGCAACCCAAGUACGUUGGACAGGGGGCUGCUGGCAGGGGAUUUAUACCCCCCUUCUGUCUUUGUUUCAAUGGCAACAUCACAUUAGGGGCUGAGUGACAUCUGCAGACUUCUUAUCAGUUCAUGCACCUCUCUCUGCAGCCUUCCACUCCCCACACAGCCUUUAAUAUUUUAAUGUGUUGUCGAUUGGUAAUGGAGUGGCAGUGUUUUCCUGGAGUUGCCUGUUGUUUUACAGGGAAUGGGGGACCGGGGCCAGACUUAAGCCCAUGGGGAUGGCAUUUUUCACAGGGGACAGAAGCAGCCUGGCAUGGGACUGAAUGAACCUUGGUAAAACAAUUUUUUCUGAGUGUAAUACUGAAGUGCCGGUGUGUUCAUUUGAAACCUUUAGCUGUUGUUCAUUGUGUGACACCCAAAUUUCCCGUAAGUUAAUUUAACCUAAUUCAUUAAUUUAUGUAUGUAUUUAUUUAUUUAAUUUGUUUAUUUAUUUAUUAAUCAUCUAAAAAAAUGUUGUUAUUAUAAUUAUUUACUUAACUGUUUUCAUUUUGAUGUUCCGAGUUGUUUAAACUGUAUCUUUAAUCAAUUGUCAAUCAUACAUUAUUUAUUUUGUUGUCAAAUGGACCGUUUUGAUAUUCAUGUUACUUAUUAUGAAGAUAUGUUGUUUUUGUGGUGUCUGUGAGUAUAUUGCGGUGAAACUGUAAGGACUGGUGAAUGGAUUUGUGCUCGAUGGCAAAUCAGGGAAUAUCUAACACACUGGCUGUGUGCGAAUGACCAUACUUGCGUCCUAAAUAGUAGGCCGUGUGAGCAGUGGUGUAGAGGUGCCUGGAGAAGUGGGUAUACUCUAAUUUUGUCCAAAAUUUCCCAAACGGCCCGCCGGGCGAAGGGAAGGGGCCCUGUGUGAAAAAUUCAAUGACAAACAGUGACAUAUACUCUGAAUGGCCUAAAAUUAUAAUUCCCAUAUUGUGCAUGUAGGCUAAUACAGUAGUAGGCCUACUACUGAAAUAGAUACAUGAGACUUUCAUCUGAGUCAGAAGUUCACAGGUUUCAGAUUUCCCCCAUUUUUUUCUGGUUUUCACACUGAAAUCACACUUUUAAUAGAAAAACAAGAAAAUUGGGGCCUCCCGAGUGGCGCAGCGGGCUAAGGCGCUAGAGGCGUUACUGCAGAUCUGGGUUUGAACCUGGGCUGUGUCGCAGCCGGCCGCGACCAGGAGACCCAUGAGGCGGUGCACAAUUGGCCCAGUGUCGUCUGGGUUAGGGGAAGGUUUGGACGGCUGGGAUGUCCUUGUCCUAUCGUGUUCUAACGACAUCAUGUGGCGGCCGGGUGCAUGCACGCGGACUUUGGUCGCCAGCUGUAUGGUGUUUCCUCUGACAUAUUGGUGCGGCUGGCUUCCGGGUUAAGCGAGCAUGUGUCAAGAAGCAGUGCGGAUUGGCUGGGUCGUGUUUUGGAGGACGCAUGGCUCUCCCGAGUCCGUACGGGAGUUGCAGCGAUGGUAGAAGACUAACUACCAAUUGGAUAUCAUGAAAUUUGGGUAAAAUGUAAAAUGUAUUAUUAUUUUUAUGUUCUAAGUCCACAAAAAUUCUUAAACCACAUAAGGAGAUGACUUUUGAGGUCUGGGAAAAAUUGAAUUCAUUUAGAUUUUUGAGUGAAGUUACCCUUUAAUUCAACUGUGCAGGCAAAUAAUCAUGAUAUCAUUCUGCAAGGUAGGCAUAGGCUACUUUGUAGCUAGUUAACAUUUACAGUGCAUUCGGAAAGUAUUCAGACCACUUGACUUUUUCCACAUUUUGUUACGAUACAUCCUUAUUCUAAAAUGGAUGAAAUUGUUUUCCCCCUCAUCAAUCUACACACAAUACCACAUAAUGAAAAAGCAA